GAAAUGGACGGAGAAAAUCAGUCUGUAGUGUCAGAAUUUGCACUUGUGGGACUUGGACACUCAUGGAAUAUGAAGGUGUUACUUUUCAUGAUAUUUUUGAUGCUUUAUUUUGUCAUUGUAACUGGAAAUAUUGUCAUCGUGACCUUAAUCAUCACUGACCCUCAUCUCCAUUCCCCCAUGUACUUCUUUUUGGCCAACCUGUCCUUUGUUGAUAUGUGGCUGUCCUCAGUCACCACUCCUAAGAUGAUCACAGACUUUCUCAGGGAGAACAAAACCAUUUCCUUUGCAGGUUGCAUGUGCCAGAUCUUCUUUGCCCAUUUCAUUGCAGCAGGUGAGAUGGUGCUCCUGGUGGUCAUGGCCUAUGACCGCUAUGUGGCCAUCUGCAAACCACUCCACUACUCCACCAUUAUGAACCUGCAAAAGUGCAUUGGGUUGGUGGUUUCUUCCUGGACAGUUGGCUUUGUGCAUGCCAUGAGUCACAUAGUUGUAAUUGUGCGGCUGCCUUUCUGUGGCCCCAGGGAAAUUGACAGCUUCUUCUGUGAUAUGCCUCUGGUGAUCAAGCUGGCAUGUAUGGAUUCCUAUAAUUUAGACCUUUUAAUGAAUGUUGAAUGUGGAUUCGUAGGCAUAACCUGUUUUAUUCUCUUGCUGAUAUCUUACACAUAUAUUCUUCUCAGUGUUCACCAGAAAUCUAAAACUGGUGCAUCUAAGGCCCUGUCCACCUGCAGUGCCCACAUCUCAGUAGUGGUGAUCUUUUUUGUACCUUGCAUCUUCAUCUAUGUGUGUCCACUCAAUAUCACCUGGUUAGACAAAUUUCUAGCUGUGUUUUACUCUGUUUAUACACCUCUUCUCAAUCCAGCUAUUUAUACUAUGAGAAAUAAAGAGAUGAAAAUUGCUAUGAAAAGACUCUGGAGCUAUUACAUGGGUUCCCAGGGAAAGACUUAA